AUGAUGAGCGGGGAAUUCACGUGUGCGAAGAAAGAAUGCGUGAGAGCAUCGACCAGCGAUGGAGGUGGUGGUGGUGGUGGUUGGGGAACGAACCCGGAGGGUUUUCCCCGAGGUUACCUCGGACCCUCGUGUCCGUCGUUGACCGACCGACCGAGCGAGCAACCGAGGAACCGACCGACCGCCCGACCGACCUCCAACCGCAAAGGCGUGUGCGGCGUGAAAUUCAAUUCGCAACCGAGACAAUAUGUAAGCGUGCUGAUUGCCCCCCGAGCCUCACGCCCUCCAACUCCCCGUCGCAUCAUCGAAGCUGAUUAG